AUGGAUGCCCAGGAAGGUCGAGUCUCGUCCAAUAGAGCUCCUUUGGCCGGCAAUCCACGGCGGAGGAAGGACUACAGCGACGAGGAUGACAACGUCUUUGUCUCUAAGAGACAAAGAACUGCGGUCGCGUGUAACUCUUGCAAGAAUCGCAAGUCACGCUGUAAUGGAGGCCGACCAACUUGCAGCACUUGCAUCGACUUGGGUUUUGAAUGUGUAUACCGUGCUCCUUCAAGAGCCCAAACCUCUCAGGCUAGAGAAAUGCAUUGGAUGAGGAACAGGCUUCAAUCCAUUGAAGAAUUGCUACGUAAUAUUGGUGUACAAGCACACGAGCAUCAAAAUGAUCCCUCCUCUCCCCAAGACCUGCCUCUCUCGUCGGACAUGCCGCCCUCAACAGUGGGUGAGGCUCGCACCAAUGAGGUUUCCCAACAUGAUAGUACCACAUUUGGUGUCGACAAGCUGCCAGGAGAGGAUACUGUGGAUGGAAUGGGCGCCAUCACGUUUGCUGACGAGUCUACUUCCGGCCACUUCGGCCUAUCCUCGAAUUCGGCUUUCUUCAGUCACAUCGGUCGAUGCCUCGAUUCGACGACAACCAUAUCAACACAACGCAAUGCCCAUACACAGCAGCUUGCGACAAACAUGUCUAGACCGGCGUCUCCCCCAGUCGCGCCGGGACCGCAAGUCGACAAAACUCCAAACCCUCGCAUUUUGCCACCGCAGGAAGACAUUCUCAGAAUGGUCGAAGCUUUCUUCUCAGUUACUGGCAUGUUUUUUCCUUUUAUCCACAAGAGGUCAGUCAUCAACAUGGUGGAAGAAAUGAGUAUCACAAGAUUCAGCUGUGUGCCUCAAUCCUGGCUCUGCCUGCUGAAUGCGAUUAUGGCAAUUGGUACAAGCCUAAGUGUCGGGCAAGACGACACUUUAAAACACCAGGAAGAGGAGUCAAGUGUCUAUUUUCAAAGAGCCCUCAUUCUGUCGCCGUGGACCUUAUCAAAUCCGACGAACCUGGAAGCUUUGCAAGCUCUGGCUGUUAUGACUAUUUACCUUCAAGGUGUCUCAAAGUCGGCACAGACUUGGAGAUUACACGGUCUUCUCGUCCAGGCAGCCUUCCAGACAGGUGUCCAUAUCAACAUCAAAUCACCGAAAAUAUCUCCUUUGGAGCAGGAGAUCCGAACAAGGAUAUGGUACAUGUGCUUUGUGCUGGAUAGAGUCCUCAGUGCGGCUUAUGGGAGGCCUCCUUUGAUCCACAACAGCUACAUGCAGAUCAAUCUCCCCAUGAACGUAAAUCUCGACGACAUAAAUGACGAUGGAGAAUUAUAUCCACACUCGGUCCAGACGCCUAAUGAGCCCUCAUCGUGUUCUCUCUUUCUCGCAACAAUAAAACUCUAUCUUAUUCAGGGCAACAUGAUUGAAAAACUUUACCACCAGAACAUGACUCCUUCCGUCGACCUCCAACCCAAUCGGCUCUUCAGCCUCAUAAUGGAUUUUGAAGAACACCUCCACGAUUGGAUGAAAACAUUAAAUCCUGCUGUCGAACUUAUUCCCACUAGCGAAGUGAACAAGGCUCACCCUCACGAAUGGAAGUGGACGCGUCCACAGACUGUUAUGACUAUACGCUUUCUAUCGGUUCGUGUGCUCCUUUAUCGGAGAGUCAUAGAAACGCUCCUCGAUGAUAUAUCGACCUCCGGGGUAGGCAUCCGGCAGCCAGAGUAUUCAUUGCCUAUUGCCCAGACUUUGAUUCAUGCUUGUACCGAGUCGGCCAUCGCCAUCAUCCAAACGAUACGUGCACUAGGAGCAAAGAAUGAGAUGCUCCCCGCUUGGUGGUUUACAAUCUACCACAGUUUGUUGAGCCCUUCCCCAUACACUAUUGUACGAGAAUCUGAUUAUGAGCCAGUGUUCAAUGCAGCAUUGGUACUAUUUGGAGUUGUCUGUUUACAAACGAUUGGAAAGGUAUCCCUGGAUCCACAUACCCCUUCGGAAUCGGUGCUCUUCAUGCAAAUAGCCCUUGGGGACCUUGUCAUCGUUGGCAGAGACACCAGGAUCGUCCGGCGAUGCUCCAAGUAUCUGCAAAAGAUGAUCCAAAUCUCUCUAUCACUCACACGGAAUAUUUCGUCAAAUCAGUCGCCACAUCGCGCCUCCCCUAUUCAGUCGUCGUUUCCUCCAAACAAUAACAUGCCCUUCCUCUCGGACGAAAGCAUACCGUCUCCAUGGGAUGCCGAUUUUGGGCAGUUCUUAAUGAACGACGACUCCAACUUUCUUGACGGGUGGACGGAAUUAGCCGAGCCUCUCCAAUGUCUGUGA